GAGGAGUAAGAGGGGCGUGGUGUAUCCGCCUUUGAUUAAUCUUGGAUUUGGCUAAUCUUCAGAAAGAAAAGCACAGCCAUGGCGUCGGAUAGGGCAACACUCCGUCCUCCUUCCAUAUCAGAUCAGUACUCUGAAGAUGGUGACGAUAUAAUGCUUCCUGAAGGUGCGUUGAUAUAUGCUCAGCUUCAGUAUCUGGAUACGUACAAGGGCUAUGCUGACGAUGAAGACUCCUAUGAUGAUAUGUCUGAUGAAGAAGCUGCCCUUGAUUUGUCAGCUCCACCCUCGGAAUCGUGGUAUCAUGGUAAAAUAUCGCGUCAGAUGUCAUAUGAGAGGUUACAGGCGGUAGGUGUUCCAGGUGCGUAUCUUGUAAGGGACAGUACAAAUAUACCUGGUGACUAUGCUAUCUCAUACUUGAGUAAACUCGGGCAGAUUCAUCAUUUUAAAAUUAAUUCCAUUUGUGGUGACUACUAUAUUGGUGGUCGGCAGUUUUCGUCUUUGGUGGAUCUGAUUGGCUAUUAUACCAACUGCUCGUAUAUACUUGAGAAUGAAGGACUGGAAGUUCCCAUUAUGCCACCUGCUCCUGUGAAGUUACAUAGCCUGUGGAGAGCAGUGGAACCUCACAGAAAAGCGCCAGGAACAGAUGAAUUGAAUAUUGCAGUUGGGGAAGUGUUUGUAUUGUUGAGUGAUCUGAAUAAGGAAUGGGGAUGGGGCUGCUCACAAAAAACUGGAGAAAGUGGUCUGAUUCCUCUUUCUGUCAUGGAAUUUGUGGCUGAUGCUGAUUCAAAUUAUGGGAAACCCUGGUAUCACAGUGAAACUGGCAGAGAAGAAGCCAUUGAUUUAUUGAUGCAAAAAGGCGGACCUGGAGAUUUUCUUGUGCGUCCUGGUCAACACGAAGGAAUGUACUCACUGUCAGUAAGGACAUUUGAAUCUGUUCAGCGAUUUUUAAUUCAAAAAGAUUCGACUGGGUAUUAUGUUGUUGGAGGUCGUUGCUUUAACUCUAUGGAUGAUAUCAUCGACCGUUAUAAGAAAGAGGUCAUUCUUGAUGGAUUAAAGUUGCAGUUGCCUUUACCUCCACAAACUACAUUCGCUGAUUCGUAUCAACACAAACACAGAGGAAGAACUCAUAGUUACAUUACUCGGGGCGAUUUUCCAGGUGACAAAACAGGUGUAUUGCAAUUGAGGAGAGGUAAAAAAUCUCCUGUAUAUGGUAAAUGGAAGGAAUUUUAUUUUCAUUUAAAGUACAAGGAUCAGAAGCUUCUUUAUUAUGACAAUGAAAAGAGUCAUCGCCCCAGGGGUCUCCUUGAUUUAAAAGAAUGCAAAAUACAUCCUGUUCAUCCUAGUUUGUAUGGAAGGGAUGACUGCUUUGUUAUAAUGCUGCAAUAUUUAAAUGAAUUGUUUUAUCAUUAUAUUUGCACUGGUACUGCUGAAUCGGCUCAGGAUUGGCUACGUCUCAUGAGGCAAUGCACAAACAAAAAAUCAAGUGCGUCACGCUCUGAAGUUCAGCAAAUUCGUUCGUUAGCUCUUCAAAUUAAGGAAUGUAGACUGACUAAACUUGCUCACACCCAAAUAUUUUGCCGUAUUGCAGUCGAUAGUUGUUUUGUUGCAAGGACUCGUCAAAUCAGUGAUGAGCAGCCUUGCAUAUUUGAAGACAGUUACCGUUUUGAAGAUUUGCAAGCCAGUUCUAGUGUUGUAACAGUUGAUGUAACAUGUACUAGGAAAGGAUUGCUUUCAUAUGCUACUAAAGAUGCAAGUUUAGGUACUGUUGAACUCAUCCUAGAGAAACUACCAAAUGGACAAGAUGAUGACCAAUGGCAUGCUUUACUUAUUCCUAACACAAGGGCUAGUAAAGGAUCUCUUAGGGUUAUUGCCACUUUCAAACAUGAAGUUAUUCUGCCAUUAGAGGAAUACAGAGGCUUGUCAGAAAUAAUUUUGUCUGAUGACUUAGUUGUUAUUGAAACUCUGGCUAGAGUCUGUAGUGAGCAUCACAGUGAGCUUGCUGGAACAUUAAUUGAAAUAUUCUGUCACCAUCAAAAAGUACUACAAAUACUUUCAAAGUGUACAGAAAGAGCUAUUGCUAAAGAAGAUGAAGUUGCUACAUUGUUUCGAGCAAGCACAAUAGCAACAAUGCUCAUGGAUCAGUUUAUGAAAACAAUGGCCAUGGACUAUUUGCUAUCAGUACUACGCCAGCCUGUUCAAACUGUAAUUAAUACAGUUGAAUCGUGUGAGCUAAAUCCAGGUUAUUUGCAACGUGGUACAGACACAACGAAAAACCAAGAAGUACUUGAGUCUCACAUUUCUCUUGUCUUAAAUGAAAUAUAUAUGUCUGUCACUAACUGUCCACUGCCACUUCGUUAUUUGUUUCAUUGUCUUCAAGAGCAGGUGAAGAGGAAGUGGCCAUCAGAUAAUGGUGUUAGAACCAGGGCUGUAAGUGGCUUUUUGUUCCUGCGAUUGAUCUGCCCUGCUCUGCUGAAGCCACAUUUGUUCAACAUCAUCUCAGAGCCACCCUCCAACAGCUCUGAUAGAAGUUUAAAAUUAGUCACAAAGGCAGUUCAGAAUGUUGCUAAUCUUGUUGAGUUUAAGCGAAAAGAGCCAUUUAUGAUUGUAUUGAAUAGCUUUAUACACAAGCAUAUGGAAAAGAUGAGACAGUUUAUAGAUGAAGUAUCAGCUGUGUCUGAGAUGCCCAAAGUAAAUCAUUCAUCAAUGGAUCCUGCACGAGCAUGGGCUGCAUUGUCUCGAUUAUGCAGCACUUAUGAGAAGAAGCUGAAAGAGGAAGCUCAAAAAGAGAGAAAAAUAAUUGAAUUAUUGUCAAUAAUGCAAAUCUUAAAAGCAACUGAGGAGAGAUACUUAAGUUCUCGUGGUAUAUCAUUCUCAUAGUUAACAGUCAAGCCUGGUAUUAAUACAUACAUAAUAUUAUUAUGAAUCAAUAAUAAUUAAUUAUUAUUCAUUAUUUUCUAUUACCAGUUAUCAUCUUAUUAUUGUAUCAUAAUGUGUCUGUCCGUCUGUCCUUUUACUUGUCUGUGAUAAUGAACCUUUUUGCACCGAACUUUUGAUAUAACAAUUAGAAUGUAACUACAUGAGUUUUUGAUAAAAUUAUUAUUUUUUAUGUAACAUAA